UAUAAAGUGCCAUUAUUAUUUUCUAUCAUUAUCUCAUUUAGUCCUUGUAAGCAACUUGGCCUCUGGUUAUAAUUUCCCCCAUUUUUCAGAAGCAGGAGCUCAGCGUAGGUAGGUGGCCUGUCUGAAGUUCACAGGCCAAUCCGGAGUCGCCUCCGCAGCCCGUCCGCUUUCAUUUUAUGUCCGCGCCGGGUUUCCCCAGGCGACCCCAGGGGCAGGCUCUGGUCCAGCGGCUGAAACUCCGGUGCCAGGGUUUGGGCGGCGCCGCGGCCUGCUCCGGCGGGCGGGCAGGCGGGCGGGGCCAGGCGGGGCGGGGCGGGCGUGAGGAGGGAAGUUGUGGAAGUUAGGGGAGACGCCCGCCCGCCCGCCCCGGCCUCGCCUACGGCCGCUCCCUCCGCCUCCUCCCCGCCCCGAGCCCCAGUCAGCCCGUCCUUCCUUCCCUUGCAUGAUGGAAACACCAUGGCUGCGGCGGCCCAGCUUUCUCUGACACAGUUAUCAAGUGGGAAUCCUGUAUAUGAAAAAUACUAUAGACAGGUUGAUACAGGCAAUACUGGAAGGGUGUUUGCUUCUGAUGCUGCUGCUUUCCUGAAAAAAUCAGGGCUUCCAGACUUGAUACUUGGAAAGAUUUGGGAUUUAGCCGACACAGAUGGCAAAGGUAUCCUGAACAAACAAGAAUUCUUUGUUGCUUUGCGUCUUGUAGCAUGUGCCCAGAAUGGAUUGGAAGUUUCACUAAGUAGUUUGAACCUGGCUGUUCCUCCACCAAGAUUUCAUGAUACCAGUAGUCCUUUGCUAAUCAGUGGAACCUCUGCAGCUGAGCUCCCAUGGGCUGUAAAACAUGAAGAUAAGGCCAAAUAUGAUGCAAUUUUUGAUAGUUUAAGCCCAGUGAAUGGACUUUUAUCUGGUGAUAAAGUGAAACCAGUGUUGCUCAACUCUAAGUUACCUGUGGAUAUCCUUGGAAGAGUUUGGGAGUUGAGUGAUAUUGACCAUGAUGGAAUGCUUGACAGAGAUGAGUUUGCAGUUGCCAUGUUUUUGGUAUACUGUGCACUGGAGAAAGAACCUGUGCCAAUGUCCUUGCCUCCAGCCUUGGUGCCACCAUCUAAGAGAAAAACGGUCAGUAUAUCAGGCUCUGUGCGGUUGAUCCCCUCUUCAGCAUCAGCCAAGGAAUCUUACCACUCCUUACCAUCUGUAGGCAUUUUACCUACCAAAGCACCAUUAAGACAGUGGGUUGUAUCCCCUGCAGAAAAAGCUAAAUAUGAUGAAAUCUUCCUGAAAACUGAUAAAGAUAUGGAUGGAUUUGUGUCUGGACUGGAGGUCCGUGAAAUCUUCUUGAAAACAGGUUUACCUUCUACCUUACUAGCCCAUAUAUGGUCAUUAUGCGACACAAAGGACUGUGGGAAGCUUUCAAAGGAUCAGUUUGCCUUGGCUUUUCACUUAAUCAGUCAGAAGUUAAUCAAGGGCAUUGAUCCUCCUCACGUUCUUACUCCUGAAAUGAUUCCACCAUCAGACAGGGCCAGUUUACAAAAGAACAUCAUAGGAUCAAGUCCUGUUGCAGAUUUCUCUGCUAUUAAGGAACUAGAUACUCUUAACAAUGAAAUAGUUGACCUACAGAGGGAAAAGAAUAAUGUGGAACAGGACCUUAAGGAGAAAGAAGAUACUAUUAAACAAAGGACAAGUGAGGUUCAAGAUCUUCAAGAUGAAGUUCAAAGGGAGAAUACUAAUCUGCAAAAACUACAGGCCCAGAAACAGCAAGUACAGGAACUCCUUGAUGAACUGGAUGAGCAGAAAGCCCAGCUGGAGGAGCAACUCAAGGAAGUCAGAAAGAAAUGUGCUGAGGAGGCCCAACUGAUCUCUUCUCUGAAAGCUGAAUUAACUAGUCAGGAAUCACAGAUCUCCACUUAUGAAGAAGAAUUGGCAAAAGCUAGAGAAGAGCUGAGCCGUCUACAGCAGGAAACAGCAGAAUUGGAGGAGAGUGUAGAGUCAGGGAAGGCUCAACUGGAACCUCUUCAGCAGCACCUACAAGAUUCACAACAGGAAAUGAGUUCAAUGCAAAUGAAACUGAUGGAAAUGAAAGAUUUGGAAAAUCAUAAUAAUACGUUAAAUUGGUGCAGUAGCCCACACAGCAUUCUUGUAAAUGGAGCUACAGAUUAUUGCAGCCUCAGCACCAGCAGCAGUGAAACAGCCAACCUUAAUGAACAUGCUGAAGGCCAGAGCAACCUAGAGUCUGAGCCCAUACACCAGGAAUCUCCAGCAAGAAGUAGUCCUGAACUACUGCCUUCUGGUGUGACUGAUGAAAAUGAGGUGACUACAGCUGUUACUGAAAAAGUUUGUUCUGAACUCGAUAAUAACAGACAUUCAAAAGAGGAAGAUCCAUUUAAUGUAGACUCAAGUUCACUGACAGAUCCAGUUGCAGAUACAAACUUGGAUUUUUUCCAGUCUGAUCCUUUCGUUGGCAGUGAUCCUUUCAAGGAUGAUCCUUUUGGAAAAAUUGAUCCAUUUGGUGGUGAUCCUUUCAAAGGUUCAGAUCCAUUUGCAUCAGACUGUUUCUUCAGGCAAUCUACUGAUCCUUUUGCCACUUCAAGCACUGACCCUUUCAGUGCAGCCAACAAUAGCAAUAUUACAUCGGUGGAAACAUUGAAGCACAAUGAUCCUUUUGCUCCUGGUGGAACAGUUGUUGCAGCAAGCGAUUCAGCCACAGACCCCUUUGCUUCUGUUUUUGGGAAUGAAUCAUUUGGAGAUGGAUUCGCCGACUUCAGCACAUUGUCAAAGGUCGACAAUGAAGAUCCUUUUAGUUCAGCCACAUCGAGCUCUGUAAGCAACGCAAUGAUUACAAAAAAUGUAUUUGAGGAAACAUCGGUGAAAAGUGAAGAUGACCCCCCAGCGCUGCCACCAAAGGUCGGAACUCCAACAAGACCCUGCCCACCACCACCUGGGAAAAGAUCCAUCAACAAACUGGAUUCUCCUGAUCCCUUUAAACUGAAUGAUCCAUUUCAGCCUUUCCCAGGCAAUGAUAGCCCCAAAGAAAAAGAUCCUGAAAUGUUUUGUGAUCCAUUCACUUCUUCUGCUACUACCACUACCAAUAGAGAGGCUGAUCCAAGCAAUUUUGCCAACUUCAGUGCUUAUCCCUCUGAGGAAGAUAUGAUCGAAUGGGCCAAAAGGGAAAGUGAGAGAGAAGAAGAGCAGAGGCUUGCCCGACUAAAUCAGCAAGAACAAGAAGACUUAGAACUGGCUAUUGCACUCAGCAAAUCUGAGAUAUCAGAAGCAUGAAGAAUUCUCUUGUUCUUUGGCAACAAUAUAGUACUCUUCUUCCUGAAUACUGAAACUAUUUACAAUGUGUGUCAAAACUACCUGUGAGCAUGGGAAUACAAAAGGUUUGAGAUUCCUGUAAAUGUGACAAAAUUUUAGGAUUUUUUUUUUUCUUCAUUACAGAUUCGUCUUUUUUUUUUCUUAUAAAAGCCGUAACCCAGUCAGACAAAUUCACCUUCACUUAGGCCCCUGGCCCCUGUUCUGGUAUACAUUUACUGUGAGCUUUUGCCUGCCUGUGCUAUUUUACUUGUAAAGCUAGAGCACCCAAGCUUCUGCUUUCUGGAAUAUAGAGAAAUAGUUUCACCCUGCACUACGCUGUUCUGUAGUUAUUCUGAUGAUAGCCAGUGAGGUUCUUAAAGUUUGCAGUAUUCUCCCCUGAUUGGAAUGGUUGAGUGAGGAUAAGGGAAAGAAUAUCUUACUUCUUUUAUGAUUGGUGCAAAUUGGCUAAAGUGCAUUUUUAAAUUUCCUUAUAGUAAAAAUACUACUUAAUUUGUUUUUUAGAGACAAAGAAAAAUAUUUUGCACAGAUUUACUCCAGUAUGGAAAAGGGACACUUUAGGUUGACUAUUAUAGCCUCAGAUUCGAUCUUUUCCUAACUAAAAAUAUUAAAGCCUCAUGUGUGAAAUAAAUUUUUUUAAAGAUUUAUCUGGAUUUAGAGAAUUUUAGAUCAACAGAUACCUCUCGGUGUGUUUGCUAAUUAAUAAAAAUUAGUUUCUUACAAAUAAAGUUUGUAAGAAAAUGUUCAUUUUAAGUGCUAGAUAGUAGAGAAAAUUUAUCACCUAAAAUAUACCCAUCAGUAUAAGGCAAGCAAAAGUCUUAACAUGGCAGCCAUUCUGCCUUUGCCGUGGCCCUGUCCUGUUUAGUUCUUAGUGGGUUUAUUUUUGUACUUUUGCAGAAGAAACUUCAGCAAGCUAGAACUGGAAGGUACUUUAAUUUUUCAUAUAUACUUUUUUUUUUUUUAAAUGAAGGCUCAUUUACUUGAAAUGUAAAAACUUUCACUGAAUACAAAUAGGGAAAAAAGUGAUAUGUUUUAUAUCAUAUUGCUUUUUGUCCAUCUUUGUGGUUUAGUUUAUUUACUCACUUCAUGUUUUUCACCUAUAAAAUUGUCAAGCUAGCAACAAGACUCUUGUUUGUUUAAUUGGGAGAGAAGAUACCUGCCAGAUUAUCAAAACUCUUCACGUGUUAAAAGACCACUCCUGUAAAACCGACCUAGUGGACAAGCUGAAUUUGAAAUAGACUGUGAAGUAAGCUGUAACUUGUCAUUUUAAUUUUGUUUAACAUGGUUACUGACUUAGAUGAUGUAUUGAAUACCAAGAUAAAGAAAAAUGCACCUAAAAUCUAAUUAGAAUUAUCUGGGUCACCAAGUCAAGGUGGUAUUGAUCUGUGUUAAUCUGAGUAACUUAUUGCCUAGCCUAUAAAUAAAUUUCAAAGUAUCCAAUUCAUUUCUUCUU